GAAUGUCUCUUAGCUACCGGGCUAACGUUAGCUCAGGCUAACUGUCGCUAAGCAACAACGUGUUUUUAAUUCACCGAGUUUGUUUAAAUAUAGGCGAGUUGUUGCUCAUACGUCCCGUUUUUUCCUAGCGAAUGGCACAAUAAGUAUGUAAACCGAACUGGUCCCCGGCUAAAAAUACACACUCACCAAAUUUGACUGUGGGGCCGAGCUGUGCCGUAGCUAACGUUAGUUAACACACCGGCAGCUAGCCUGUGGUUUGGGAACAAUUACAGCAGAGAAAUGGCGGAGGCGGUUGCAAAUGUUGCCAGAAGGGUUAAUGCCACUGUAGAGGACGGGAAAGAUAGUUUGGACCUGUCAAACUGCAAGCUGAUAUCUUUCCCGGACGGUGUGUUCAAGGUCUUAAGGAGCGUCUCAGACAACAUCCGCGUUAUCACAUUGGCCGACAAUGAGAUGAAGACCAUCUCUAGCAAGCUCUUUACAACUUUCACUCAGCUCAGAGAGCUGGACCUGCGAGGAAAUGUUCUCACUAAGCUGCCCGACACCGUGGGAGAAAUGGAGCAUUUGAUCAGCAUCAAUCUGGCUAACAACAGCUUCUCCACCUUCCCUGAUAAGCUCACAGAAAUAGCCACCCUGGAGAGGAUUGACCUGGAGGGGAACAGCAUUACCGAAAUCCCGUUGGAGAAGCUGUCUGCCAUGCCGGCGCUCAAGUGGUUAAAUGUGAAGUCAAACCCUUUGGACUCAAACACCCAGUCUGCUUUACAGUCCCCACACCAGUUUGACGUUUUGUCAACAGCUGAGUCCUAAAAUAUGCCACAAUGCAGUAUCUAACUCAUCAUGCAUGCUGUGUGCCUGAAGUUACACGCCUUCAUGUGCCUGAGAAAUGAGAAGAAGAUACUUGAAGACACGUGAGGCUGUACAACAAUCAAAAAGAAAAAAAAUGGUUUACGCACUCUGUGGCCUCUAUUUUAUCUCUGAUUGUGUAUUAUUGAUGGCUUAUUUAUUACUAUUGAUAGUAUAAUAAAUAAAAGCUUUGAAAAUCAUGCAA